AGUCCUAGCCCCGCCCCCUCAGUGACGUGUAGCGGUACCUGCUCCAAGCAAGCCGGGGAGAGAGCCGGAGCUGUGAGUAAUCUAUUCCGGAGCGGAAGGCACUGUCACGGUUGAGAGAAAGGCUGUACCAAGUGCAGGAGGAGUUCGGUAUUUUCCGAGAGCCCAUCGUGACCCCCCCCACCGCGUCACAUUUUCCGCUCCACAAAGGAUUGAACAAAAGAUGAAUUCUGGAGACAUUCUUCUAACGUUUGGCCAGCAGCUGUUCCGUCGCAAAGUCGUGGGAUCUGACAGCAAGGAGAGCAGGCUAUCCCGAUGCCUCAACACCUUUGACUUGGUUGCUUUAGGGGUAGGGAGCACACUUGGAGCCGGAGUUUACGUUCUGGCUGGAGCAGUGGCAAGAGAGAAUGCCGGGCCUGCCAUUGUUCUUUGCUUCCUCAUUGCUGCUUUAGCUUCUGUUCUAGCUGGACUUUGCUAUGGAGAGUUCGGUGCAAGAGUUCCAAAGACUGGCUCUGCCUACCUCUACAGUUAUGUUACAGUCGGGGAGUUCUUGGCCUUUGUUACAGGGUGGAAUUUAAUCCUUUCUUAUGUAAUUGGAACAUCGAGUGUGGCUCGUGCCUGGAGUGCAACAUUUGAUGAUCUUAUUGGCAAACGGAUUGAGGAGUACUGUUUAGCACACAUAUCAAUGAACUUCCCAGGGGUGCUGGCCCGUUAUCCUGACAUAUUUUCUGUCCUUAUAAUUCUGGUGUUAACAGGCCUUUUAUCUUUUGGCGUAAAAGAAUCUGCUCUUGUGAACAAGGUUUUUACUUGCAUCAAUGUCCUUGUUUUGGGAUUUGUCAUCAUCUCUGGCUUUGUGAAAGGGUCCGUAAAAAACUGGCAACUAUCGGAAAACGACUUCAAUGUUACGAAUGUGACUGGCCUUCCCAAUGGAACAAAGGAGCAGGAUUUGAACUACGGUGCUGGUGGAUUUAUGCCAUUUGGAUUUGCCGGGGUUCUCUCUGGGGCAGCCACAUGUUUCUAUGCCUUUGUUGGAUUUGACUGUAUUGCAACUACAGGAGAAGAAGUUAAAAACCCACAGAAAGCCAUUCCAAUAGGAAUAGUUGCUUCUCUCCUGAUAUGUUUUGUGGCAUACUUUGGGGUGUCUGCAGCACUUACACUUAUGAUGCCAUAUUAUUUGUUAAAUAAAGAAAGCCCCUUACCUGUGGCAUUUAACUAUGUUGGAUGGGAUGGUGCAAGGUACGCAGUUGCUGUUGGAUCCCUUUGUGCCCUUUCUACAAGCCUUCUUGGAUCCAUGUUUCCUAUGCCUCGAGUGAUCUUUGCAAUGGCAGAUGACGGGUUACUCUUCAAGUUUCUAGCCAAAGUCAGUGAAAAAACCAAAACCCCAGUAAUAGCAACUCUAACAUCUGGGUCUGUGGCAGCUCUGAUGGCGCUUCUCUUUGAUUUGAAGGACUUGGUAGAUCUUAUGUCUAUUGGAACCCUGCUCGCCUACUCUCUGGUUGCCGCCUGUGUUUUGGUGCUAAGAUAUCAACCAGACCAGCCUAACCUUGCAUACCAGAUGGCAAGCACCAAUGAUGACCCCACUGAACAGACUGAAACAUCUGAAGGAUCCCAAGUUGGUUUUAUAGUGGAGGACAAGUUUACUUUCUCAUUACUGCUCUUUAACCAAAACAGUGAACCUUCCAGGUCAUCUGGCUCUAUCGUAAAUGUGUCCGCUGGACUCAUUGGUUUGCUGGUUAUCGUCUUCUGCUGCCUGGCAGUCUUGGGCCAGAAAUCAAUGCUGAGCGGAGAUCCUUCAAUUCUUGUUCCACUUGCUGUCACUGCUCUCUUAGGUCUGUUCCUCACCAUUGUCAUUUGGCGACAGCCUGAAAGCAAAACAAAACUCUCCUUCAAAGUACCAUUGCUUCCUGUGCUUCCCAUUUUGAGCAUUUUAGUAAACGUGUAUCUGAUGAUGCAGCUAGACAAGGGAACGUGGAUCCGAUUUACAAUUUGGAUGGUAAUAGGGUUGUUUAUAUACUUUGGUUACGGCAUGUGGCAUAGCAGCGAGGCGGCAAGCUCCGAAACAGCGAGCGUUCCCCCAAAUUACAGCCCUUCUGAGGAUGUGCCUGCUGAUGAGACCGAAAAGCAAGUCAUGCUAAAAGGUUCAGCUACUGAAAACUCAAUCACGUGGGAGAUAACAGGAGAAGACUGACCCCUCCUGCGCACUGUUACUGCCAUGUUUCACUUCCUGUACAGAACAAACCCAAAGCUCUCCGCUCCGAGCUUGACUGGUAACUAAACUGUACUUAAAUCUGUUGGAUACAUCCUUACCAGUUGCCUAUCAAUGCUGCUAAUAACUUAUAUCCAAUAUGGGACACUACAUGAGAAGCAGCCCUAAAAUGCUGAAAUAUGUAGAGAAACACAAGCUACAAAGAAACUGGACAACCUUAAUAUCUAUAGCAAACUUGCAGUUGGCAAUACGGCACUAUAUUCUAUAUUAGCGCUUCAUUUUGCUAUUUAAUAUAUUUUUGGUACACACUCGGAAAUGUUCAUCCCAAAGUAAUGGAACAAACAGGGCCCCACCAUCUAUUAUUUUUUUUUUUUCUUUGCUACAGUUCAUUGGUUUCCGAACCAGCGAAUGAAUUUUAUUUUGCAACAAAAUGUCACCAUUUUGGGAGACGGUGCGUGUUUACUGUCGUACGCGUAGCUUUUAUUGAAAGAACAGAUACUUCUUUUUUUUUUUUUUUAAUUAUUUAUUUUUUUGAUACAUUAAACAAUAUUUAAGUGCAGGGCACUUAACCGUUCUCAGUUUUUGGUACUGUGAAUCCCCAGAGGAAAUUGGUUUUUUUUUAAUUUUCCUCUCCUGUUUGGCAUUGCCUCCUUGCAGCCAUCUUGUGAUUGGCAGGCUGGUUUGUAGUUACACAAAGUCAGUAUUGAGGUGUAUGUUUAUGCUGUACAAGUUGACUUAUAACUCCGUGUGCCUUUCAAGUGGUGAAUUGUCGUGCAUGUUGUAGUGUCCGCACUGGAGAUGUUUGUACCAGAGAAAUGGGUUUUUGUAGCUUUGAUCUCAGGUUAUAAUUUAAGUAUUAUGAUCUAUUAUUAUCUAGUGCUGCUCAGGCGCUCGAAACCUGCCCUCAUAUUAUAGUUUAUGGGUUGUUUUUUUUUACUUAUUGGGUCAUUUGUGUAUUUAUUUGCCAUUGGCAGACACUAUUUACCCAUAUUAUGGCUCCACUUUUUAUAUACGUAGUGAUAGUGUCCGGAACACUUAGGCUAACGUUUCAUCAAGCUAUUGCCCCUCACUGUCGGGUCGGAUGUGACCCCGUGUGCAAUUAAAGGGAUUUUCUA